GACCAGGGUGAAUUCGUAGAAGAGGAAGAGGAGCCAUUGGACAUCACGUGGCCAGACACGUGUCGACGGCGUGUUACGUACCUGCUGCUGCUGCCUAUCGUGCUGCCUUUAUGGUUGACUCUACCUGACAUGCGCAAACCGCAUCUUCAAAGGUGGUUCUUCAUCACAUUCAUUGGCAGCAUCGUUUGGAUUGGUCUCUUUUCGUAUUUGAUGGUGUGGUGGGCAAACGAGGUGGGAGAAACAAUUGGCAUCCCGGCAGAGGUGAUGGGUCUGACGUUCCUAGCUGCCGGUACGUCCAUCCCCGACCUGAUAACGAGCGUCAUCGUCGCCAGGAAGGGUCUGGGAGACAUGGCCGUAUCCAGCUCAGUUGGAAGCAAUAUAUUUGACGUCACCGUCGGCUUGCCGUUUCCAUGGCUACUGUACAGCGCCAUCAACCUUGGCGAGCCGGUGAUCGUGAAUAGCAAGGGCAUGCUCUGCUCGAUCAUCCUUCUCUGUUUGAUGCUGCUGAUAGUCAUAGUGAGCAUCGCGGCGUUCCAGUGGAGAAUGUCCAAGCAUCUAGGCCUCGUCAUGUUCUUUCUCUACACGGUGUUUGUCACCCUGAGUCUGCUAGUGGAGUACGAAUAUAUCCCUUGCCUUUGAACGACGACUCGUCACUCGAGCCCUCCCUGGUAAGCGGCUAGCGCUGGCAGCGCUCGCGGCGGCGGCGAGUGUAAGUUGAAUUCGGAAGCUGUCAUGGAUGCGGCGACACCGCGCAUGCACUUCACAUGAUCAUCGUCGUCA